GACCACUACUUCCAUGAUGAAGGCUUUCUCCGUUGUGUGAAGACUUGGUGUGUAUAUCAUCAAAUUGUACGACAAGUCGAAGUCUCGUUGCUAUCUAUUAUAAGCAUUUUCAUCAAGUGUAGUAAAAUGGACGCCCGUCUCCAGUCUCUUUUACAAGAGACUACCAGUAUCCGCAAGACUUGCACCCAUGCUGAAGCUGUCGGCGCCUCCUUGAUUGCGGUUUUCGAAUACGCGGUUGAAGCUUUGAGACAACAAGUAGUUCAUGGAGAAGAUGACGAGUUCAGUAAGAAGAAGAGAUCCCCUGAAGAAAUCGACUUGGAUUUCUGUGAUAGAGAGCUGGCGGCAUUUGAGGAGUUAUUGCUGACAAACGAAGCUGGUGAAGAUGUCGUUUCGGAGGACGAGGAAGGCGAAGACCAUGAUGAAGCAGAAGAUGAUCAUAACGACGAUACUGCAGGUUCUACAUCAAAUAUUCGUAAAAAGUCCUCAAAAAAGAACGACAAGGAGAAGGAAGUGACCAACGAAAUUAUGUCGAUAUUGAACACGGGGUGUGGGAUGAUAUUAAGCGAAGAUCACGAUUCAUCUGGUGACGGAGCUUCAAAACAAGAGCCUGUGCCUCCUGAGCCACGUGGCUUCGUCCGGAACCGCCCAGUGGGUAUGGAAGCAAAUGGCACAAGGACAAGACGGCUACUGAGCGAAACGACAACAAGAUUUACUGACUUCUUUAAGGCUAUUGGUUCGUAGAUGAAAACUAUACUCGAGCCAGCUCGAGGAAAGAUGUUCUAGCAGAAUCUUUCCAGGCAAAUAAUCACGCUUGUUGCAUUUUCAUCUCGCUAGUAAUCCUUUACUGAACUAUAGUUAGCAACCAUAACCAAUACCGGUUAACUUUUCCCUCAGGAUCCUACUCGUCCUAGGUUAAUUGUCCGUUCAGUCAAUCAAGGUCUACUACAACGAACUACUAGUAACAUGAUCGACACCAGUGUCGUUCUUCUUCUAAUCGGCUAGCCGGAGAAACCUUGAAGAAGGACUACGUUUUCGAUAAGCUAAUGGACGUAGUGGACUCGGACGAGCGACCUCUAAAAGCAGACCUCCACUUCUUAUCACGACACUUUGCGAAAUACAAACCGAAGCCAGAACUAAUCAGACCAGGCGAGGUAGAGGUCGUAAAUAACGUACUAUCGCAGAGGGUUCAUGGCACCAGGAGAAAUGACGGAAAGUCCUCGGCUGAUGGUGGCACAGGAGGAAGCUCCAGGAGUGCAACAACUUGUUCUCAAAAAUCGGCCGUGGUGAACAAAGAUGAACAAGAAGUCCCCAUACCACCUGCUGAGGAAGAAGAGGAUGACAAUGCCAUCGUCGUCACAAAAAUAGUUCCUAAAACGACAAAUAAGACUCCUGCGUCAAAUGAUGCCGAACAAGCUGGACAACAAGCAUCUACUUCUACCACCUAUCCUUCUGACGCUAGUAGUAGUACAAGAACCGCAAAGCAGGAACAAGAUUCGAAGCUUCCUCCUGUCAGUAGAGGUGGUUUUGUCGUAACAAAACGCGGCGGCGGUGGACCGAAGAUAGCACCUCUAGGAAAAGUAGUGGUUCUCAAUAGUAGCACUCCUGGCUCUGUGUCUGGUCCUAAAGUUGAGGCAAAAACCUCGACAAAAGAUGGUGUGGAGGACGAUUAUGACGAGGAUGAAAAAGCUACUCCUACUUCGUCUACUGAGCGUGAAGAACAACGUGACCACAAGGUGGAUUCUUCAAGAUGUUCUUCUCGAGAUAGAAGUGCCAGCAGAAGAGACGACUACAAGAAAAGCUCCACUUCUAGUAAGCGAGAUAGACGCUCGCCCCGCUCGUCUAGAAGCAGGUCUCCUGGUGCUAGGCCAAGUCGAUCCCGGAGUCGAGGUAGAGGCAAGAAAGAAACCUGCUCUUCGCGGAGAAGUGAGUCAAGAGAUCGAACGACAACUCGGAGUAAAAAAGAAACGGCCCCCUCCAGACGGAAAGAUUAUCUUUAAGGCUCCUCGUCGAUGCAAUUCAUUUCCAAGGGUCAUUUUCAUCUUCGGUCGUUUCCUUCCUCGUAGGAUCUUCAUUCUUAAGAAACGAGAAGGCAAUGGCAAGACGAAGUGAAUUGUUUUGCGCUCUAUUAAGAUAGAAGGAGGAGCGAGUCGAGGUCAAGAAGCAAAUCGCCGGAUCGCGAUCGUCAUAGUUCUAGAAACGGCGCUACUACUUCUAGACGUAAGUCAACAGGUUCAUCUCGCUCUCCUGCACGUGGCAAAACUAGAGACUCACGAACACGCGAUCGCCGAGCGAGAGUUAGAGAUACGCGGGACGAUAGGGAUAGUCGUAGUCGUAGAGAUCGGCGAAGUGAAAGUCGGCCUAGAAGUCGGCGGAGAUGAUGGUGAAGGAUCAACAUAUUGACGCCUUGAUCUGUUUCUUGCCCACGACGCCUUGACCUAUUCAUAAUUCCCCUAUAGGUGUCACAUCUCCUGAUUCAGAUUCUGAUAUGUACACUCCCUACGAAUCUUGCCAAGGGACUCAUAUAAAAAUGUUGUCACUGUUCAUCCAUAUUUAUCACAAUUCUCGAAGACUUCGCUCGUCGGUCUCGCUUCUGAUACUGUACACGGUACGCGGUGGUCGUUG